CGCACGCCCCUCUGUUUCUGUCCGUCUCUACCAUUUUCACUGUUCUCUCUCUCCUUUUCUCUCCCUUCAGCGUGAGCAGUCGGAGGAGCACUCAGAAAUGGCGUCCAGUCUAUUUAGAACCCUAAUCAGAUCGUCCAAAUUGGGAUCAGCAGGGACCAGAAAUUUCAGCCUCGUCAGGACUCAAAUCAGCGAGCACACCGCCAAAUGGAUGCAGGAUACAAGCAAGAAAUCUCCCAUGGAGUUGAUCAAUGAAGUCCCACCCAUCAAGGUUGAGGGCAGGAUAGUUGCAUGUGAAGGAGACACCAAUCCCGCACUUGGGCACCCAAUUGAAUUCAUAUGCCUUGACCUGGAUGAGCCAGCUAUCUGCAAGUACUGUGGUCUUCGAUAUGUGCAAGAUCACCACCACUAGAAAAUCUGGAAGUGAUUAUUCAAUGAGCAAAUUUCAUUCCUGUUAUGUCCGUACCUUCGUUGAAGCCAUUUCAUUAACAAGGUUCAGUUUGUAAUGAUAAUACUGUGUUUCCUAAUUUGGCAAAAUAAGGAUUUGGCAUGACGCCAUUCGUGUUAUUCUUCAGGCAUGGAAUGCACAUCUGCACGUCAUUUGUCUGUCA